AUGCCGCCGACCAGGUUAAACAUUCCGCCGGUUACUCGCAUUCUACUCAUCGGCCUCGUGGUGCAGUCUCUUCUCGGCGCCGCCAUCCGCUACCGGCAAUGGUCUGCAGAGUCGGACAUCGUCAUACCGUACCUGAAUCUGGUCCCUCAGCUUUCACUCGUAUACCCUUGGACUUUUGUCACGACGACACUUGUUGAAAGCAACCUGAUCACCCUUGCACUCGCAGGGGUCACAAUAUAUCAUGGAGGUCGCUAUCUUGAGCGGGCGUGGUCGUCGCGAGAGUUCGCUAAAUUCUUGCUUGUCUGCUCGCUCAUUCCCAAUUUCCUAUGCUUCGCCAUGAUGUUUAUACUCUUUGUUUUGACGCGCAAUGAGCGUUGGACACUCACGACCAUCGGCGGUUCUGUACCUCUGCAGAUCUCUUUCCUGGUUGCCUUCAGCCAGUUGGUACCGGCUCACACGGUGACUCUGUUCCGCGGCAUCCUAUCUCUGCGCGUGCCGCGCUUCCCGCUUCUCUACAUUGGCGUCAUCACGGCGCUCUCACUUACGCCCUUGCUCUCGAGCACGCCAUUCUUCCUCGGUGUUUUCGGUCUCCUGACGAGCUGGACAUAUCUGCGCUUUUACAAGACGGCAUUCCCGGACCUUGACAGCUCCCAGCCAUCUUCCCUCCGCGGCGAUGCGAGCGAGACUUUUGCCUUUGCCGAGUUCUUUCCCGCUCCCGCGAAGCCCUUGGUGGCGGCAAUAUCGGCGCAGGUUUUCAGUGUAUUGGUCGCCAUGCGGAUCUGCGUGCCUUUUUCGCAAGCCGACAUGAUGUCGGCUGCUUCUAGGGGAAGCGGUGGUGGGGACGGAGCAUAUCUACAGCGCAGUGCCCCUGGAACUGCUAGGGCUGAGGCGGAGAGGAGACGAGCGAUUGCCCUCAAGGCACUGGAUCAGCGGCUACAUGCAGCCACGGCCAACGCUGCCUCAAGAGCCGCACCGGGAGAUACCGCCGCGGGUCCGUCCGCCCCUGUGGCCCCGCCAGCGCAUACCAGUGGCCCUACGGUGUCGAACCAGCCACAAGCUGUGGCUCAGGCUACAAUGACGUCGCACGCAGAGGACGAUGGGGAUGUCGAAAAGACGUAUGCGCCAGAGCGAGAGAUCUCGGGUAAGUCAGAAUCCUGA